GGUAGAGAGAGCAAACAGUUCUCACCAGUGAGAGACCCGAACGAAUCAACCGAACCAGCUACUCAACCAGAACAGCAACAGAUAAGCAGACACGAACAGACAACCAUAUCAACAACCAGAACGGCAACAGCUACAACUAGACAACAGCUACAACUAGACAACAGCACAGGGUGUUCACCACCCAGUUCAUCUGCAAUAAACCCACAAACAACUUUAUAAGUCAAUUACAACGGAAGCUACAUCUGCGAACAUCCAUCUCCAGUCCAGACCCUCGGCUCCGGCCCCACACAACAAUGAACUCCUCGCCACACGGCUCCCGCGCCUCCAUCGACAUCCUGGAGGAACUCCAGCUGAUUGCUGCACAGAACCUGGAAAAACUGGACAUCAACAAAUACUAUGAGGUCGUCUGUGAGCUGGGGAAGGGCACGUACGGGAAAGUGGACCUGGUCGUCCACAAGAUCAGAGGCACAAAAAUGGCCCUGAAGUUUCUGAGGAAGAAGACGACGAAGCUGAAGAGCUUCCUGAGGGAGUACAGCAUCUCGCUCUACCUGUCGCCCUGCCCCUUCAUCAUCAACAUGUACGGCAUCGCCUUCGAGACGGACGAGUACUACGUCUUCGCUCAGGAGUACGCUCUGGCAGGAGAUCUGUUCGACAUCAUCCCUCCACAGGUGGGACUCCCUGAGUCGGUGGCAAAGCGCUGCGUCCACCAGGUGGCUAUCGCCCUGGAUUACCUGCACUGUAAGAAGCUCGUCCACAGAGACAUCAAACCCGAGAACAUCCUUAUUUUUGACAAAGAGUGCCGGAAGGUGAAGCUCUCAGACUUUGGCAUGACACGGCGCGCCGGCUCUCCGGUGAAGCGCGUGAGCGGCACAAUCCCGUACACUGCGCCCGAGCUGUGCGACACCACGCGGCACGAGGGCUUCUGCGUGGACUACAGCACGGACGUGUGGGCCUUCGGCGUGCUGCUCUUCUGCAUGUUGACGGGAAACUUCCCCUGGGAGAAAGCCAUGCCGAACGACACCUUCUACGAGGAGUUUGUGCGCUGGCAGCGCCGCCGGACCAGCGUGGUGCCGUCGCAGUGGCGCCGCUUCACCGACGAGGCCCUGCGCAUGUUCCGUCGGCUCCUCUCCAUCGACCAGGAGCGCCGCUGCUCCGUCAAAGAAGUCUUCAGCUACUUCAACCAGUGCUGGAUGCUGGACUCGGAGAACGGCAACAGCGGCAUGCCGAGCGGCUUGGCGCCCCCUCUGGACAUCAGCUCGUCUUCAUCCGAAGAGGACGCGUUAGUGGACAGACUGAAGCAACAGAGCUUGUCGCCUGCUUGUGUGGCGGCGAAGGGGAGCAUCAUGAUGGACACGCACUUCUCCUCCAUGUCCACGAACAGCUCGCCGUCCUCCACCGGCAGCUACGAGCGGGUCAACAGGGAAAACAACGAGAGAGGACGCCGCCUGGUGGCGACGCCCAUCGAGAUCUGUGUGUAGAGACGCUGCGCUGAGGCUCGUGUGAGAUUUCUCUGAGCAGGAGGCGAAUAGUUUGGUGCUUAACAACAAGUCUGACAUGUUGUCGCUUCACUGCAGAUUCCCUCUGAUGAAGACGAGCUCUGAGGGGACGAGCAGAGAGCCUUCUUCAGAUGGACGACCUGUAAAGAAAAACGAAGCUGAAGGGCGAAGACAAAAACAACAUAAUCCACGAGCAAUAUGUUUGGAAUAAUCCAGUCACUGCAAAAAACUCCCCGUGAUCGUCUCCCAGUGGAUCUGUCGAUGUGUCGUAGUGAAACUUCUGUUUCUGCUAGAUUUGUUUCUGUGACGUGUUUUUAUGUUAAAUUAUUUAUUUAUAUCAGAUGCAUAUAUUUAUGAUUUGUUUUAUGACAGAAGCCUGUUUAAAUAUUCGUCAUGUAGUUGUGAUCGCCAUGAAAAGACGUACGCAGACUGUUUCUCACACAAAAUGAACUUUCUCAUGUUUACCUGUGAUGCCUGAACUCUUGUACAUUAGCAACAAUAUGACUUUAGUUCCUUUUUAAUUACAUAAUAAUCAUCUAUUGGAUGACAAAUGGGAGAAAAACAUAAAAGUAUCAUGAAUAUUCCUAAUUCUUUCAAUUUGCAUGGUUAGUAAAGACGAUUGAAACUGUACAUUUCAUUAAGUGAUAUAUUUGGAUCGAAUAUGCCGAUUGAAGAAUAAAAUAAAUAACAUUUUUAAAGUGUACAUAGGGAUCCUACCUGCCCUCAACUUAUUAUUCUGUUUCUUUUGCUGUUUAAUAAAAUAUUUAAACCCUGAAAAUGUGACAAGAUGUACAAAUGUUGAAAACAUUUUGGGAACAUUUGGGGCUUAAAAUGUUUCUUUUGUGAUUUUCAGAAGUAUUGAAGCAUGAAGUGAUUAUUACUGUGGUGAACAUUUGUUGAAAUAAACACCUGCAAAUUAAACGUGAA